AUGGCCGCCAUAGAAUAUGCUAUACAAUCACUUAGAAAUGCAAAUAAAACAGUUCGCUCCUUAGCAGUGGUUAGUUUUGAUGCGAUAAUAAGAACCAAUCUUAUGAAAAGUAAGAUGUCUGGCAGAUUCCAUUCUGUCACUGCACAGAAUCCAUAUAAUGCUAAUGCAAAUAUUGCUACAGAAGCUGAAUUCCUAAAUUGGUUGUAA